AUUAUUCAUCUAGCUACCUAAAACUCCUCUUUUCUUUUUUCUCGUCACUUGAUUACUUCUUCUUCUUCUUCUUCUAGCUUCUUCUUGCUGCCAUUGACAUGGGACGUCAUUCCUGUUGUCUGAAACAGAAGUUAAGGAAAGGUUUGUGGUCUCCUGAAGAAGAUGAGAAACUCUUCAAUUACAUAGCUAGAUAUGGCGUCGGUUGCUGGAGUUCAGUACCCAAGCUAGCCGGUCUGCAAAGGUGUGGAAAGAGUUGCAGACUGAGAUGGAUAAACUACUUGCGACCCGACCUUAAAAGGGGAAUGUUUGCAAAAGAAGAAGAGGAUCUCAUAAUCAGUCUUCAUCAAGUUCUUGGAAACAGGUGGGCUCAAAUUGCAGCACAGUUACCAGGAAGAACAGACAAUGAAAUAAAAAACUUCUGGAAUUCCUGUCUGAAGAAGAAGCUAAUGAAACAAGGCAUUGAUCCCACUACUCACAAACUCUUAAGUGAAACCCAAGUCGUCGAAGAAGAAAACAAGGCACCCCUGCAAACCUUCUCUUCUUCAGCACACGAGCCAACAUUUCUUGACUCGAGCUAUUUCAGCUGUGGAUUACCAGAAAAGCAACAGGUUUAUGAUCCUCUGUCUUACAUUGAUUUUCAUGCUAAUCUGGAACCACAAUAUCAGAAUCAUUAUGAGAACAACUCCAACCUUGGCUUCACUUCAAUGCCGAGUCUAACAAGUUUUGAUCAAGGAAACAUGUCUGGAACCGGAACAGAGUUUUCUGACAAUUCAGGUUCAAGGAUGAAUUCUUUGGUACUGAAUGAUCAGGCUAAGGAGACCUCCAGCAACAGCAGUUACACGGGUGGGUUUCAGAUGGUGGAAAAUGUAGCAGUUAAUUUCCCAUGGGACACAGAGAACAAGUUGGAGUCCAUGUUUCAGUUUCAUCAAAUGAAACCAAGUACCUGGCAAGAAGCGCAGCUUGUUAAUCAUCUUCCCUCCCAGAAUUCUGUAGAAUUCAGUAGCUUUCCGUUAACAUCACUGUCAGAAGAUCUAACAGGAGCAAGUUUUGAUGUCUUCCACCAGAUAUGAAGUGCAAAUUUUUCAUUUUUUAAUUUUUCUCUUUGUUCAUUUCAUACACACAAAAAGAUGUUGAUAGUACAGGAAUUUCAACUGAAAGGUUUGAGUUGAGUCUUUUCUUUUCAUUACCAGGUAAAAAGAUUUAAUUAGCUUAUCAUCCCAUAUAUCUAAAUCUCUCAGAGUUUCAAUCUUGUAAUAUUCCUUCUUGUUUUAAUAUGACAACUGUUGAUCCAAUAAUGUUUGUUCACAGUU